UGUGGUUGCGAUAGACAAAGAUCAACAGACAGGCAUUCCCCAAUUGACGUCGUUUAGACCGAGGAUAACCAAGCGUGUGGGGAACUGGGGAGCUGGGGAAAUGGGAGCUUGGAGCUACCCCUCGGUUCGACGGGCGACUUAUCUAAGCCGUGGUCACUGAUUUAUUUAUAUGCUUUGUGCUUUCUCUGCCAUUGACCAUUUGUUUCCGUGAUCAACUCGUCUGAAACAAUCACCACCACAAUCAUGCGUUCCGUUGCCUUCAACUCCCUCCGGGGUCUAUCCCGGGCCGGCUCCCGCUUCCAGCCCGCUACCCUUCCCCGUGUUGCGGCUGCCCGUGCCUAUUCCACCCCUUCCGAGAACCAGUAUGAGUUCAUCCAGGUCUCCGAGCCCCGUCCGGGUGUCGGUCAAGUAACCCUCAACCGCCCCAAAGCCCUCAACGCCCUCUCCACCCCCCUCAUCACCGAACUCAACACCGCCCUCCUCUCCUUCCAGCAAUCCCCCUCCAUCCGCUCCAUCCUCCUCACCGGCUCCGAGCGCGCCUUCGCCGCCGGCGCCGACAUCAAGGAGAUGGCGCCCCUGACCUUCUCCAAGGCCUACCUCGACUCCUUCAUCGAGUCCUGGUCCAACCUGACUUCCACCAUCAAAAAACCCAUCAUCGCCGCCGUCUCCGGCCACGCCCUCGGCGGCGGUUGUGAACUAGCCAUGAUGGCCGAUAUCAUCUACUGCACCAAGACGGCCAACUUCGGUCAGCCGGAGAUCAAGCUCGGUAUCAUCCCCGGUGCGGGAGGUUCCCAGAGGCUGACGAGGGCGGUGGGGAAGAGUAAGGCUAUGGAACUUAUCCUUACCGGCAAGAGUUUUAGUGGUGAGGAGGCGGAGCGGUGGGGGGUUGCGGCUAGGGCGUUUGGCAGUUAUGAGGAACUGAUGGAGCAGACGCUCAAGACGGCGGAGACGAUUGCGGGAUACAGCAAGGUGGCGGUGCAGGCGGCGAAGGAAGUGGUUAAUAAGAGCCAGGAGGUUGGGUUGAGGGAUGGGGUUGAGUAUGAGAGACGGGUGUUCCAUGCGUUGUUUGGGAGCCAGGAUCAGAAGAUUGGGAUGAAGGCUUUUGCGGAGAAGGGCAAGGCUCAGUGGGUUGAUGAGUAAAUCAUGGGGUUGUGACUGGUUGGACAGGACAGUUUGUAUGUUUUGGUUAGAAGAUGAAUGGAAAUUUGUGAUGAGUACGAGGGGUGGUGUUCCUGUCAGCUUUGUAUCCCGAUCGAUCGUGACUCUUGUCGAGAUGUUGUACUUCUUUCAGCACAACACCAUUUCUAUCAAUCGAAGCAGCGUCAAAACAAAAAUCAAAAAAAUUCAAAGAAUCAUCACCCUCAAGCCCACUCACUCUAAGCAUUACAUCCUCAGCCUCUUCUCUUUCCUCUGUGUUCACGACAUCAAAACGGGACAGCCAGCCAAAAGUGUAAAAAUUAG